UAUUAUUUAUCAACCAGAUUAAGUAAAGAAGAGGGAGACAAGUUAAUAAGAGAUAAUCAUUUGUAUUAAGUGUUGAAAAAUCAUAAAUGAACGAUAGAGAUAAUGUCUAUACAAUUAUCCAUUUUAGAAUUUCAAAGAAGAAAUACCAUAAUAAUAUUGAGAGUAUUAUAUAUAUCUAUUUUAGGAAGCAUUGAAGUUUUAAUUGAAAAACAGAAUAUUUCAAUUUAAAUAUUAAAAUAAAUGCCAAGAGAAUAAUCCUAAGAAUAAAAUAUGUACUCCAUUCUGUUGGUUUGA